AAGAUUCUUCCUUAAUUCCUUUAUCUGAAUUUUUACUUUUUUUUCAAAUUGCGGUCAAUUUCGCGUUAGUAAUGUGAUAGAUGAUUCAACUUUAUGUAUUUACUUUUAUAAAGGAAAUCGCUAAAUGUGACGAUAAUACGCGAGAUUUCUGAUUUAAUUCGGUAAGAACUGGUAAAAACUUAUCGCAUGACGAAAUUAGUGUCUCUUAUUAUCGUUAUAUGUCAACACAGCAAUGUCGGACAUUUUUUUACGUGUAAUAAUAAUAAGUACAACAACGCACACAUUGAAGAAGCUGCGAGGAAAAAGAAACAAGGAGAAAACAUAGAUAACAUUGCGGCAUACUUGAGCAACCAUGUAGCUCUUUGCACAAACCCCUCUCUGUUUUCAAGUAUCGUCUUUCUCCUUCAGCGUCUGCAAAUAUAUUGAGUAACGUUGCUUUGCGAUUAACGUCGUUCGUAAUCUUUUUCUUUUUCGCUGGGCGAACUGCACGGAAGCAGCAAUUUUCUCAAUCGAACGCACGAUGUACGCGGACGCGGACUGAUAUCGCCGGGCGAGUGAGAGUAGCGGGAGUUGAGAAAUGCUCGACGAUGCAACGGGAAGCUGUUUGAUAAUGUACGUACAUGCUGUAAACAGUGUAAUUGUAAAGAAUGAACCACAACUAGCAGAAUAGUCGCGCGAUACCGCGCGGCCCGUGAACCGAGGAGAGACUGUAGUUCAAUCUGCGCUAAAUAUUGCAAUCGCGCACAAGCUGAGUCUGCGAGGCGAAAUGUUUCGUUUAGCAAGGAACAAGCUGCCUAAAUGGGGUCUCAGAAAUAAACGAGCGGUCGCUACAUGCGAAGAAAGCGAGAUAAAGAACAUUGACGUGCCCGGCAAUGCAGACGUUGUAAUAAUAGGCGGUGGCAGCGCCGGUUGCAACGCGCUGUAUCAGUUAGGAAAGCGUGGAGUCAAUGCAGUGCUCUUGGAAAAGUCCAAGUUAAUAUCCGGCACAACCUGGCACACAGCUGGUCUUCUGUGGCAUUUACGCGGGAUAUGCGACGUAGAGACGGAAUUGCUGAAGGCUUCUCGAUUGCUUUACUCGUCUUUGCAAGAGGAGACAGGUAUAAAUCCAGGAUGGAUAAACAACGGUGGACUCUGCAUCGCUCACUCCCCCGAGCGAAUCGCCGAGUACGAGAGAUUAAUUACUAGCUGUAAGAAUUUCGGUAUCGAGGCGUACAUGAUCGAUCCGGUCGAAACGACGGAAAAGUUUCCCCUCCUCGAUAAAAAUGCGUUUCAAGCUGCGAUAUACUCUCCAGCGGACGGUACGAUAGAUCCUGCCAUGUUAGUAAACGCGUUGACAAAAUCAGCAGAGAAGAACGGUUGCAAGGUCAUCGAAGAUUGUCCGGUCACUAAAAUUCUCGUGGAGGACACCGACGGCCAUAAAACCGUCCGCGGAGUGGAAACGCCUCACGGUAUCAUAAAAGCUAACGUCAUAUUAAACGCGGCGGGAGCCUGGUCUGGAACGAUAGCGCGAAUGGUAGGACUGGAUAUCCCUCUGGUACCGAUGAAACACGCAUACAUUGUUACCGAGCCGAUGAACGUACGGGGAUUGCCGAAUAUUCGAGAUCCCGAUUUCAAUAUCUACUUUCGCGUGCAGGGUGGAAAUAUAAAUAUCGGAGGAUACGAGCCGAAUCCUAUCAUACUGAAAUUUCCGCCGGAGGACUUUUCCUUCAGUUUGUACGAGCUGAAUUGGGACGUGUUCAACACCCACGUGGAGGCGAUGAACCGACUGAUACCCGCUUUGGCGACCGCCGGAAUAAGAACAACGGUGUGCGGCCCGGAAAGCUUCACUCCCGACCACAGACCUAUCAUGGGCGAAGACCCACGCUGCACAGGUUUCUAUUACUCCUGCGGAUACAACAGCGCCGGGAUGAUGUUCGGAGGUGGUUGCGGAGAACAAAUAGCAUUAUGGAUAAUUAACGGACGGCCGGACAAACACAUGUUCGGUCAGGACAUCAGACGGUACAUACCAGAACAAAAGAAAAAUUCGGUUUGGGUGAACGAGCGAAGUCACGAGGCUUACGCGAAAAAUUACAAUAUUGUUUUCUCGCACGACGAACAUUUGAGCGGCAGAAACUUGAAGACGGAUCCUUUCCACAAUUUCCUCGUCAACGAAGGCGCCGUUAUGGAAGAACGUCAAGGAUGGGAACGUCCAGGGUGGUUCCUACUAGACAACAAAACGGCCCCGAUUUUACCCUACGAUUACGGCGGCUACUACGAUACACCAAAGAAUACGAAUAACACGUAUGCCGAUAUACUGAAAACAGAAUGUACAUUUGACUUUCCACCGCACGAUAAUAUCAUACGGGAGGAAGCGCUUGCCUGCAGAAAUAACGUUGCCUUAUUCGACAUGUCGUAUUUCGGCAAGCACUACAUAUGCGGCCCAGACGCGAAAAAAGCGGUCGAUUACAUAUUCACGUCUCGAGUGGACCGAGAGAUUAAUCGAACUGUGUACACCUGCAUGUUGAACAGAAAAGGCGGCGUGGAAGGCGACUGCACGGUCACUGGUCUCGAAUCCGGCUCGGGCGGCGUAGUCGAUCCCAUAUUUAAGGGAAAAGCCUUUUACUUAGUGAGCGGAGGCAUGUCAUCGUAUCACACUUGGGCGCACAUCAGCAAAGUGAUAAGGGACAAAGGUUUCAGCGUGUCCGUACACAAUGUCACGGAGCAGAUAGGAAUUUUGUCAGUUCAAGGUCCUAACAGCCGCGAAGUCCUUCGGGAGUUGGUCGACGUCGAUCUGUCGAAUAAGUCAAUUCCGUUCUCGACUGCGAAACUGGCGCGCAUAGACGGCGAACUGGUGCUCAUGUUUAGACUCAGCUUCGUGGGUGAACUCGGUUUCGAGUUACACAUCCCGAGGAGUUCGUGCGAGAAGGUUUACAAAGCUGUGAUGGAAUGCGGCAGGAAAUAUGAUAUGAAGCUGGCCGGCUACAGGGCGCUCUACAGUCUGAGUUGCGAGAAAGGAUAUCAUCUCUGGGGCGCAGACUUGAGGACGGACGACAAUCCGAUAGAAGCCGCUCUAGAAAUGGUCUGCCGCAAGAACGGCAAGUACUUGGGAAAGACAUCUGUUGAACAGUGCCGUAAAAACGGAAUAAAAAAAAGACUGGUACACUUACACAUAAAUGACGACAUACCACUGUGGGGUAUGGAGAGCGUUUACAGAAACGAUCGAUUGGUCGGUUAUCUAAGAAGAGCCGAGCGCGGGUACACCUUCAAACGCAGCAUCGGACAGGCAUACAUCACAGCUCCGAAUGGGCAAAACGUUACAAGGGAAUUUCUAGAGACGGGUACUUACCAGAUCGAAGCGCGGAGGAAAAAGUAUCCCGCGCAGAUGUACCUUCACAGCCCGUUCGAUCCACAGAACAAGAGACUACUAGGUGUAUACACAAUAUAAAGAGCUACGUAAGCGACA